CCGUCCGGGCUCCGCAGCCCGCGAUCGCCGCUCCGAGUCCGGCGGCCCCGGUGCCCUCGAUCGGAACCGCGGCGGCCCGGGUCUCCGCGCCCAGGACGGAGAGCUCGGCGCCCACCAUGCUGCUGAGUCCCGGUCUGUUCUUACUGCUGCUCAGUGGCCUACAAGCUGUUGCUCCGGAGAGAGACGUCCAGGCGAUGGUGGGGAGCGACGUGAGGCUCGGCUGCGUCUACCCCGGGGGAAGCAGCUUUGACUUAAACGAUUUGUUUGUCUACUGGCAAAUCAGUGGCUCCAACACCGUGGUGGCUUACUUCCUCUCCGGGAACAGCUCCGUGGACCACGUGGACAGCCGCUACCGCAGCCGGGCCCACGUUUCCGGGGACAGCAUGAGGCAGGGUGACUUCUCUCUGCUGCUGCAGGACGUCACCCCCGACGACGCCCAGACGUUCCGCUGCCUGGUGUUCAGGAAGUCCCUGAAGCUGGGAAAGGUUCUGGAAGUGGAGAUCAGGCUGCACGUGGCCGCAAACUACAGCAUGCCGGUGGUGAGCAGCCCCGGCGGCGGCCCUGGGGCCUGGGAGCUCACCUUCACGUGCACGUCCACCAACGGCUACCCGAGGCCCAAAGUGUACUGGAUCAACAAGACGGACAACAGCCUGCUGCCCGAGGCCCUGCAGAACCACACGGUCUCCGUGAACGCCUGGGGCUUGUACGACGUGGUCAGCGUGCUCACGCUCCCGCACACCCCGGGCGUGGACGUCGGCUGCUGCAUUGAAAACGAGCUGCUGAGCCAGAACCUCACGGGCAGCAGCCAGGCACUAGCAGCUUCCCGUGGAGCAGGAGAGCUGUUCACCGAGAGCCCCACUGGCCCAGCCGGACGCCGCAGGCUGGAGGUGUCAGCCAUAGCCAUUGCCCUCCCUGUCCUGGUGGUGGCAGCGGCGGUGACCUCGUGCCUGGGCCUGGGCCGCUGCCGACGACGCUGCCCACGCCAUCCAGGUGACCAGACUGUGACCCCGGAGCAGGAGCAAGAGCUCCCAGACCAGGCUGCCCAGAGCCUCUGCCCAGGACACCGACCAGGCUCCGGAAGGCCACCUGCGGGCCGGUGGACGCAGCUCAAGGGCGGACUCAGCCAGGGCUGGUGGCAGAGGGGGUGACAGGCCAUCUGCGCGUGUGCUGCUGGCCCGCACCUCAGCCCUGAGGCGGCCCCUCCCAGCAGGGCCCUCGGAGGCCCCCCCCCCCUGUGAUUCAGACCAGCUGACCCAGACGUGCGGGGAGCGCGGCCUGCAGGGUACACGUGCUUGCUGAGACUGACCACCACGGCACUUGGCUCGGAAAAGAAGAAUGCGCGGCGGCUCAGGAGGCGACCAGGAGGCCUGAGAUCUGAGGAUCACAGUCUUGAUUUUUCCUGGCAGGAAAACCCAUGAGAUUCAUAUCCAAUGAACCAGCAAACAACUGCAAGUAGAGCCGGAGCUCGCGUGAUUGAUAGAUGCCAGCCUCGAGUGUAAAGCUCAGGGAGGGUGUCCGGCCCUGAGCUCAAGCCCCAGUACUGGCACACACGUGGGUGUGCUCACACAGGUGUGUGUGCAUACACAUGGAUGUAGCACUUGGCAGGAGGUUUGGAGAGCUGCUGCGGGCCGGCAUGCUGUGCCGCUCUCCACGCGGGCCCCUGAUGAGAGGUGGGAAGUGCGUGGUCAGGCUUUGUCCGGGAAUCGCACUGCCGGCGGCUGAGGGUGAGGCCGGCGUGGGUCCGGGUGGACCGGGCCCGGUGGAGGGCGAGGGUGGCCAGCGCCGCCGUUUCCCCGGAAAGCAUUAGGUCGUGUCAUGUUCUGUCUAGAGUUGCACUUCAGCUAAGAAGCACAAGGAGCUGCGGGCGAGGAAAAGCUGGGGGGAGGGGAAGCGCCGUGCACGGCCCAGGGGAGGGGCUGCCCCCCCCUGCCAUCCCCGGCUCCGGACACGCCACCCACACACUGUGGUCUCAAGUCUCACUAGAGAGGCCUCGGAGCCUCGGGCGAGCCUGACAGUGGAAGGUAGGGGGGGUAACGGCCCCAGCCUCUUUUGCCAGAAGCAGGAAGCCAUGUCUUUGUCAGCAGAUACAGGAUACAGGCCACAGCUGUAACCAGCUGUCCCAGGGCACCAGGCCUCCCUCCCCCCUCGGGGCGUCCUGCCUGUCCACACUGGGACUGCCUGUCACCUCCCCGCAGGGCCCUCUGACAGCCCCCACCCAGGGGCCCCUGGGUCAGGAACUAGGAGAGCUGGCCUUGCCCUUUGGUGUGGGAGACUCGCCAGGGCCUUUGGCCCUUCAGCCUGUUGCUCUCCACGCCAGGCUGUGGAGCGGCUUCAAGAGCCCUGAUCCAGGUGUGACCGCGCAGUGGCUUCUGUCAGUGCGGCGAGACUUCAGCUGCCAGUCCAGCUGCAUGUGUCUGUGCAGAGCCGGAAGUGGGGGCCCUGCCCCCCAGCUGCGCUGGUCCCCCCAGGGCCCAUGGGGCCUGCAGAUGACAGCGCGUCACACGGUGGCAUGGGCCUGCACAGCACGGAGCUGCCCUGUAGUCCAGGACGAGAGUCCUGGCCGUGAGUGUCUCCAGCUGCUCCAGUCUGCGCGGCAUGGCUGUGCCCAGAGCGGCCUCCUGUCCACUGGGCAUGGGGAGGGCGGCCGGGGCCUGGGGACGGCCAGCCAGGCCUGGACGCUCCAGAGACGGCUGUCGCUCUGUCCUGGCAGGGGCUGCGCUGCCCCCCCCUCCCCCUACCUUCCAGAAAUGUCAGAGGACAUUUCUGCAGGGACUCAUCCCACACACACAAAAAGAAAAAAGCUUUACUUAAACCAUCUAAAAUAAUUUGAAGUCAUGUUUGUAUCACAUAGAUAUAGGGAUAUAAUGUUUUAUCUAAGACAUCUUAUAUUCUUAUGUUUAUAUACACAUACUCCAGACUCUUAAAGGUUGAGAUUGUAUACAUGCUCUUUGGAAACCUAGCCUUUAUCCUGAUUAUUUUUUACGUUAUAAUGAUCAUUCUGUGGCUCUUUAUAAGUUUUCAAUAUUCUGUCAUGUAUUUGAAUUUUGGUAUUUUUGUCGAGGGCAUUAAAAACUGCUUAACAGA